GAAGAUUGGCUGGCCAUGGGUAAUGUCUCCCCUUCACGCCUCUAUAAAUACCACGACAUAAUCGGGGUACAAGGCAGACCACUACGAGACAGUCAAGCAGCAAGAGCGGAAGGAUCUCCAUUCUCCUCGUCCUCGUCGUCCUCCAUCGCCUCCACCUUAUCCUCCAUUCUGAUCAUGGCAUCCAAGGCCCAAGGAUCCUCCUCCAUGAAGGUACUAAUUGUUGAGGAUGAUGCAGUUCAAAGGAUGGUCCUAUCUAACAUGUUGCGCAAAUUUCAAUGUGAGAUUACGAUGGCCAUGAAUGGGAAAGAAGCAGUUGACCUAUUCCUAGAGGGGAACAAGUUUGACAUUAUUUUUUGUGAUAAGGACAUGCCCAUCAUGACUGGUCCUGAGGCAGUUGUAAAGAUCCGUGCUAUGGGGGAAACAGGUGUGAAGAUUGUUGGGAUGUCAGCUGAUGACCAUGCCAUGGAGGUGUUCAUAAGUGCUGGUGCUAAUGUGUAUGUGCCCAAACCAAUGAAGGUUGAGGCUCUCAAGUGUAUAAUCCAGGAGGUCAUCAGCAAGAAUAUGAACACUAUGGUCUAGCACAAUCCAACUAGCUUGAGCGAUGGAAGAAUUUGUUUUGCUCAUUGAUCCAUGUUUUAUUAUGUAUGCAUUGUCAUGUCAUUCAGUAUCAUUAUGUUGUUUAAUUUUGAGAUGUUAAUGUUAAAAGUCAUUUGUUGUAAGCAAUAAGAGCAUGAAAGACUACCCUUAUUUAAUCGCAUUCAUAUAUUGCUUGAUUAGCACAAUUAUGAAUACACCGCAAGCCCGUAAUGUAAUACAUAGCAUGCAUAUUUCUCCA